ACCAUAAGUCAUUAGUUUUGGUUCAGCCUUGUGUCAAGGCAACUAAAGCUUCUCUCGCUUUGCAAGAGAGGGAGGAGUGAGUGAGAUGGAAGGAGUGAUACACAGAACAGUGGAAGUGAAUGGCAUAAAAAUGCACAUAGCAGAGAAAGGAGAGGGUCCAGUGGUGUUGUUCCUCCACGGCUUCCCUGAGCUCUGGUACUCAUGGCGCCACCAGAUUCUCUCUCUCAGCUCCCUCGGCUACCGCGCCGUCGCUCCCGAUCUCCGUGGCUACGGUGACACCGAGGCACCACCUUCAAUAGACAGCUACACUUGCUUUCACAUAGUGGGUGAUCUCGUUGCGCUUAUAGACUCUCUGGGUGUCCAACAAGUGUUCCUUGUGGCUCAUGACUGGGGAGCCCUCAUGGGUUGGUAUCUGUGCAUGUUUCGCCCUGAGAAGGUGAAGGCCUACGUCUGCCUCAGUGUCCCUUUCAUCCCCAGAAACCCCAACGUCAGAACCGUAGAUGGCUUGCGUGCUAUGUAUGGAGAAGACUAUUACAUCUCCAGAUUUCAGAAACCAGGGGAAAUGGAGGCUCAGAUGGCUGAAGUUGGCACUGAGUAUGUUCUCAAAAACCUCCUUACAACUCGCAAAACUGGUCCUCCGACCUUUCCCAAGGGAGAGUACGGAACUGGAUUCAAUCCGAAUAUGACCGAUAUCUUGCCUUCUUGGCUCACAGAAGAAGAUCUAGCCUAUUAUGUCUCCAAAUUUGAGAAAACCGGCUUCACUGGAGGCUUAAACUACUACAGAAAUAUCAACUCAAAUUGGGAGCUGACGACACCAUGGACAAGAGUGCAAAUCAAGGUGCCUGUAAAAUUCAUUGCAGGUGAAUUGGACAUGGUAUACACCUCGCUAGGAAUCAAGGAGUAUAUCCACGGUGGAGGUUUCAAGGAAGACGUGCCGAAUUUAGAACAAGUGAUUGUGCAGAAAGGAGUUGCUCACUUCAAUAAUCAAGAAGCAGCAGAGGAUAUCAGUAAUUACAUACACGAUUUUAUCAACAAAUUCUGAUCUGAUCCAAAAAUGAAUUCCACCUGGAAUAAAGUCGCAGGAUCGUGCAGUUGAUGUCAAAGGGUCCAAAUUGUUAAGUUCUGUUUUUAUUUUAUUACUAGCUAUGUAACAUGGGCGACUCAUGUUAGGGCUUAUGGCAUAUUUGGGAUGACAUUAUGCAUAAAUAAGAAAAGUUAUUUUUAAUUAACUA